CGUGGGGAUUCCAAGCAGUUGGCGCCAGGGUGACAUCAGUUUAAUGGCAGUGCGUUCAAAAUACAACAAACAUGUACGGGAUGUCGCGAAACUACGAGAGACAGUGGAUCCAGUGACACUGUGGUAUUCGUAGUAAUUGUUGUAAAAUGAAACGGCAUGUUCCAUCUGAUGCAAUUCCUUAGCGGGCUCCUUUUGCUUCUUCUCUCGAUACCGCUGAGCAAUGGUGUUGAAUACACGUAUGAAAUCGACUGCAAUAACCUACGAAUGGGACAAUACAUCUGUCCUCAUCCCGAUUAUGAUUUCAUAGAUCCGAAAACGCAACAGCCCAAAGGUUGCACAAAGGAAAAUAAAGCCAAAGAAAUGGAUAUUCCUUCGAGACAUCAUUGUUACUCUCUAUAUUUCUUGGAAUGUUCGGAGCAGAUAGAUUUUAUCUAGGAUAUCCAGCAUUGGGCUUGCUUAAGCUGAGUACUUUGGGGUUUCUCUUUCUCGGUCAAUUUGCUGAUGUAAUACUUAUUGCAACACAAAUCGUAGGACCUGCGGAUGGUUCGCAUUAUGUGAUGCCAUAUUACGGUGCAGGAAUUCAUAUUGUGACGAGUAAUAACUUUACAUACAGAGUGCCGCAAUACGAUUGAGGGUGAUGAUACAGAUAACACAAAUUAUGGAGUACGCAGGUAUUCCAGAAACUUGAAAUCGAGGUAUCCACCAUGCAGGACCAACCAAUAUUUUGACGAAGACAAAGGCCAUUGUAUGAGCGUGAUCGGAGGUGGAAGAGCUCUUUACAUAAAUAAUACAAAAUCCUGCGAGUCGAAUACAUUGAUACCACAUUGCACAAAUCCGAGAUACUACUACAUUUGUAAAAAAGAUAAAAUCAUAUUAGCCGAAUGUUCUCAAAAGAGACACUUCGAUACUCAUCUACAAAAAUGCGUCCUAGUUCCUCGUGGAAAAUACAUUUCUGCUAUCAAUAGAGAAAAUUCGGAUAUUUUUGAUUCCGCUCAACACCUCGAAUGUCGAAGAUUAGGCUCAUUUCCAGUUCCAAAUAAUUGUGGCUUAUUUUACACUUGCUCGGUUUCCGGUCAUCGAAUGCAUCAAAAUUUCUAUACUUGUCCAAAAGAGAUGGCUUACGAUAGAGAAACUGAAUUGUGUAAGCCCUCGCGUACUUGUCAACAGCGAAAACCAUUAUCCUCGUGCGAGGAUCGUCUACUCCCGCAGUUUUCAAGAUCCUCUGGAAAAAAGAGAUCAAGACAUUGUGAAACGAUAUUUACGGACGAAGAAGGAACUACUAUUCCGUCGUCACAUGAUGAUAAAAUUUUGUCGACUACUCCUCGUGCCGUACCAUCCAUAUCUGCAUUCACGGGAUCAAGUAACAACAGCGAUAUUAUGACGACGACGGAACGUGCUCCGGAAGAGUCACGUUCUACAAACACAGAUCUUGCGAUACGUACAACUGCGACAAUCGCAGAAGAGACCACGACUGGAUUUAAUUCGCCUACAGAGAUAAAUGAUAAUGGCGAAUUAUCUACAACCUUAGGGCCAUCCGAAGAUCAUACUGAAACUAUAACGGAUUCUAACGAGCAAAGUAACGUUGCAUCAACAAUUUUAAAUGAUUCAACAACUCCUGAACCAUCCGCUGAGAUUCUUAGUUCUGAAGAAAUUAGCCAAGAAACUACUAAACCCGAAAGCAUCGAUACAACUGAAACCUCUAGCAAUACAGAAUCGGAAGGACAAAUUACAGAAACAAGUUCAUCUACAAUGGGAACUACUGAGGAACCAAAUGUGGAAGAUCAAACUUCAUCAAGAAGCGUAGAAGAUGCUUCUUCUACGACUUCUAGUAAUGCAGAAUCAAGCGAACAACCAAUAAUUCCAAUGGAACCAUCUUUAGAAAUUCCCACCGAUGAAUUUGAUUUUAAUACAAUGGGAGAAUCGACUACUGAAAUCAACACUGCAUCAACAAUUUUACCCGAUUUAACAACAUCUAGUUCAAGUGUGGGAAAUGAAUCGAUUACAGAAGUAAAUGAAUCGCCUGGAAAAUCUGAAGAAACUGAAGGAGAACUGGUUACAAUAAUAAUACCAACCGAAUCGUCCUCCGAAACUCCUGGAGAAUUUACUGUGGAAAGUCAAGAAUUUACUGAAGGACCAAUUACUGAAAUUGAAACUACCAAUAUUACUCCAAAUAUUUUAAUUGAUUUGCCGUUACAUAGUAACAAGGAGACACCUAAUACAGAAACAGACACAAAUGAACCAUUAGAAAUAACUACACCAAGAAAAAAUUCAGAACACGAUGGUAAGGAAAGUAAUGAACAAGUUCCCAAUGAAGAUGAAUCCACUGAAUCAUCAAAUAACAAUUGGUCUGGAAUGAUAACCACUGAGCCAACAAGCUGGAUCAGCACUGCCGAAAAACAACCUUUGUUACAGAAUGAUAAUACAACACCUGAAAUUAAUACUGAAGAAAUAAUAACCGAGAAGCCAAAUUCUACGCCUUCAGGGCGUGAUAUAUCAUCAACAGAUCUAACAUCCGUAGAAAGUGAUGCAUUUAGUUCAACAAUAAAUGAUAUUUCUGAAUCAACAAGUUUCCAAGAGCUGAUUCCUAAUUUUAACGCACAUAUAGAAAGUAGUACAAUUUGUUAAAGUGAGUAUUGCCCAUGAUUCUUACCUUGUAGCUUCAUCCAAAAUUAAAAUAGAGGGUCUUUUUAAUAAAGCCCUUGCAAUUGCAACACGCUGUUUUUGUCCACCAGAAAGUUGUGCCCCUCUUUCACCUACUUGCGUAUUAAAUAUACUUUUAAUUCUAACAGUAAUACUUACAUCUUCAUUCGUAGCAUCCGGUUUUCCAUAUCGUAUAUUCUCCAUAAUACUAGUAGCAAAUAAAAUAGAUAAUUUUCUCAAGCCUCUUCCAAGCAACGUGCCAAUAAGAAUUAUAGUUGGCAAAGACAAUACUGUAGCUGCAGUCAGUUGUGGUGAAAUCCCUAUUACAGAAACUAUACACCCAAUAAUUUGCGUUGUACUUCUUAAGCCUUGCGAUAUACAUAUUUUAAAGGUACUUUUAAAGUCUUGAAUAUCACUGGUUAAUCGACUUACUAUUUCACCACUACGAUUCUUAUCAAAGAAUGUGAUGUCUUGCAUUAUAAUCGAUUUAAAUAAAUCUUGUCUCAAAUUCAUUGCUAUUCUUUCUCCCACGUGUGAAAGCAUAUAAAUAUAUACAAAGGUAAAAAGUGCCUAAAAAUAGAACAUUUUUUAUUAUUCUCUAAAAGUUCUUUUGUUCAAAUUAUUUUUAUAAAUAAUAUUAUAAUAAAUAUAUUUUUUUUGUUGGAUUAACAAUUACAUACUUGUACAACAUACAUACGUGCCAAUGCAAAUGCAGGUUCUGUCAACUGCAAUAGCACAGUUUUUAAGCUAUCUUCACCUCUUGUUUGGCAAAUUUUUGUCAAUAUAUUGAUGACAUUUCCUACAUGCUGUGGUAUCCAAAUAUUUAAUACAGCAACAACCAUUGCACUCUAGAAAUUAUAAGUUCAUUAAAAAAAAGCAUAAAAUCUUCAUAUAUAUUGGAUACUUACUGAUAAUGCUAUCAAUAAUUGCCAAAGAUAUGGAUAUAAAUAUUCUAAGAAUUUUUUCCAUUUAAAAGUCAAUUCCUUAUUAUCUUUUCUAAUAUUUUCCGAGAGUUUAAGUGUUUUGCCUUCAACAGCACAAGUAUGACACUUUAUCAAGCAUGUUAUUAUUAUACUACCUAAACCACCUGAACCAAAUUUUAAAAUUGAUUUUAAUUUAUUAGUGUUAUUUUUUACAGAUUCGUUAA